GUCAAUCUACUACCCGCUAUAGCUUCAAAGUUCAAUUCAUCACUUCACUGAUCAGCCUGGAAGAAGGAGCUCUACUCAAACUGACCUAAAAACAUGGCUAUCUUUACAUCUUAACCCUUAACUCUGUGUUUAGGCUGGAGAUCUGACAAAAAAAAGGACUUUGUGAAGAUGUCUGAACAACCAGAUUUAGACGACUAUGAGCAGGGACGCAUCCGAGAGCUGCAGGAGCAGCGCAUGACCGUGCAGAAGAAGACCUACACCAAGUGGAUGAACAGCGUCUUCUCCAAGAACGGGGAACAGGUUGAGCUGAAUGACGUGUACACCGAGCUGAAGACUGGAGUUCACCUGGUGCGACUCUUGGAGCUCAUCUCCAGGGAAAAGCUGCCCAAACCCAGCCGACGCACCCUCAGGGUACACUGUCUGGAGAACAACAGCAUCGCCAUUAGCUUUCUUAAAACCAAGAUCCGAGUAGAUCUGAUUGGUCCUGAAAACGUUGUGGAUGGAGACAGAACUCUGAUCUUGGGCCUCCUCUGGAUCAUUAUUCUCCGCUUCCAGAUCGGAGCAAUUAAUCUCGAUGAGGACAGUGGUGAUGCCAGCUUGGCCCGGCGUUCGGCCAGAGAGGCUCUUCUGAUCUGGUGUCAGCGCAAGACUGCUGGAUAUGAGAACGUGGACGUUCAGGACUUCUCCAGCAGCUGGAGGGAUGGGCUGGCCUUCAACGCUCUUAUCCACGCUCACCGUCCAGAUCUCUUUAAUUACGGCCGACUCCAUCCAGACGAGGCACGGAGGAACCUGGGUCACGCCUUCAGCCUGGCUGAGACCGAAUUUGGCAUCAUGCAGCUGCUGGACGUGGAGGACAUCGUGGUGCCUCAUCCCGAUGAGAAGUCCAUCAUGACAUAUGUCUCACUUUAUUACCACUACUUCUCUAAAAUGAAGCAAGGGCAGACGAUCCAGAAGAGGAUUGCCAAGAUCGUGGACCUCCUGAAAGAGCUGGACGAUAUGAAAGACCAGUAUGAGCACAUGGUCUCUAACCUCCUACUCUGGAUCAAGACUAAAGUGGUGGAGCUAGAUGACCGCUCUUUUCCCAACUCCUUAGCGGGUGUAAAAAGCCUGGUGACCGACUUCAAGACCUAUCGCACUGUGGAGAAGCCCCCUAAGUACCAGGAGCGAGGUGCUAUCGAAGCCCACCUCUUCAACCUGCGCACCAAGCUGCGAGCCAACAACCAGCGGGCCUAUAUACCUCCAGAAGGCAAGACCCUGGGAGAUAUUGAGAAGAACUGGGCCUUGCUGGAGCGGGCAGAGCAUGAGCGAGAGCGGGACCUUCAAAAAGCCCUGCUGAGGCUGGAGCAGCUCGAGCAGCUGGCACAGAAGUUCAGCCGCAAGGCAGCACUCAGGGAGAGCUACGUGCAAGACACACUGCAGCUGGUCCAGAAGGAGGACCUGAAGGGUCUGCAGAGUCUGGAGGACGCUCAAGUGGCAGCUCAACGACUUGAGGCCCUCUGCACAGAUGUACUGGCUAGUGAACCUCGGUUUCAGGCCCUCAGUGAGAUGGCAUCGGUCAUUCAGAGGGAGGAUUACCACAGCAAGGAACAGAUCACCACCAGGGAAAAGAAAAUCUCCAACAAAUGGCAGGUUUUGCUCCGGCAGAUGCAGCAGCAAAGAGAGUCAGUUGGAGAUGUUGUGAACACGCUGGCUGUCCUUAAAGAUAUCGAGCUGAUCUCACAAGACCUCAAGGAUUUGCAGGCUCAGGCAGAAUCUUCUGAUUUGGGGAAGCAGUUGCCAGAGGUGGUGGAUCUGCUGCAGAAGCAGGAUCUGUUGGACACUCAGAUCUCCUCUCUUGGAGAAACAUUGAGCUCCAUCAGCAGCAGUGCCUUACGGGGGAAACACAGGGAUGUGUCUCAGGUUCAGAGCCGAGUCAGAGAUCUCAAUACCCAGUACAACUCCCUCCUGACUUUCAGCAAGAACAGGAGGAAAAACCUGGAAGGUCAGCUGAAACUCUUCGAGUUCUUCCAUGACUGUGAGGAGGUGGAAGCGUGGAUCUAUGAGAAGUGGCUUCUGGUGCAAGCAGCAUCUUUGGGAAGAGACCUUAGCCAGAUUGAACAAGCCAUUCAAAAUCAUAAGGCUUUGGAAGCAGAGGUGCAGUCUCAGGAGUCUCUGUGCUCUGGAGUCGUGUCGAGGGGUGAGGAUCUAUGCAGAGGGAGACACCCCAAUGAGAGGGAUAUCCAGAAAUGGAUUCGGACUUUGCAGAAGCAGUGGCAGCAGCUCAGGGACCAAGUCUCCAACCGCAAGAACAGACUGCAUGCAGCCAGUGUCAUCAAACAGUAUUUUGCAGAUGCAGCAGAAGCUAAUUCAUGGUUAAAUGAUCGUAAACCCCUCCUUACUGCUGAGGAUUAUGGGAAAGACGAGUUAAGCACUGGUGCCCUGCUCCAGCGCCACCAAAGAUUGGAGAAAGACAUGGAGGCAUAUGCUUCAGAGGUGAACAGACUCGGAGAGCAGGCUAAAAGUGCUGCCCAGCUCGCUCCACUAACUACCGAACCUCAGCAGAGCAAGAUGGUGCACUAUAGUGAUUCAUCAGGAGAUGAAGGACAGACAGUGAAGGAGAAAGGAAGAAGUUUAAUUAAAGGCAAAGGAAGCUUCAAGGCAGCUGAAACUUCACCAAAACCUUCUCCAGUACAACAGAUACCAGAGUUUAAUGCCAAAAUUAGGUUCAAAUACAGAGGUGUGAAUAUAACCUGGGAUCGUGGGGAAAUGUUGAGAAUUCUCAGCAGAGAGAAAGAUGAUAAACUUCUUGUGCGAGACAGUAAAGGAAAUGAACAAUUAGUGCCUUCUACAUACAUUACAGAGCUGCCUACAGCUCAAGCUCCACCUGCGCCUGUAAAUGGGGUUCCAGAGACCCAGACGAGGAAGGUGAGCCGGCCUCGCCGCACUCGUUCCAUGCGACGGGGCACAGCUGAAAUCACCACCGCAUCAAUACCUGAUCCACACUUCCAGAAAGACACCAUAGAGUCUACUCAGAGCAACCUAGAAAAAGAUUUUAACAGCCUCUAUCAGCUAGCACAGUCGAAGAGGAAGAUCUUGGAUGAAACCGCUCAGCUGCAUCGGUUCUACAAUGCCUGUGAUGAGUUUGAGUCCUGGAUGGAGGACAAAGAAAACGUUCUCAACACCUUCAGCUCCAACGCUGACAACAUCGAGGUUGUUCAGGCCAAGUAUGAGAAUUUUCUUACAGAGCUGGCCAGUGGGAAGGGUCAGCUCGAUGACAUCACCAAACAGGGCGAGGAACUUGUGAAGAAACAGCACAGCAAAAAGAGAGAUAUUCAGUCCAGACAAGCCCAGGUCACUGACAGGUGGGAGAAGAUUCAGGCUCUAAAGGAUGAGCGAGCUCAUGAGCUCCUCAGCUCAGCAGAUAUCAAGUCCUUCCUGCACACCUGUGACGAGGCCAAAGCCCAGCUGCUGGAGAAGCUGGACCAACUGGAUACUCCAGAUGUUGGGAGUUCCGCUUCAUCUCUGCAGGCUGAGGAACGCAGCCAAGCCCAGGCUGAGAGGGAGAUAGAAGCUCUGGAGAGGAAGAUAGAAUACCUGAAGAGUGUGGCUAAAAUGAAGCAGGACUGCAGCCCUGCAGAGAGUGCUGCCAUCAUGGAGGAGGUCCGUGCUUUGGAGGACCUUCUGCGGCAGGUCAAGACCCAAGCUGCCAACAGGCAACGCAUGCUGGAUGAGGCUCGACGGCUGCAGCUCUUCCAGAAGGAAUACAAAGACCUGAUGCUGUGGUCUGAGGUGAUGGAGGAGCGCCUUUUAGAGGAGGAGAACAUCUCUGAUGUAGGUUCUGCUCAUGCACUGUUGAAGGAGAAUCAGGACUGGAGGCUGGAGAUCGAUCAACAGCGAGCCAGGUUGGAAGCCAUGGAAAAGCUGGGUAAUUCUUUAGAAGCAUCAUCUGGGGGCAAGGAUGUGCAGCAAACACUGGCAAAGUUAAACCAUGAAUGGAAUAAGCUGGACAAACUGUGGGCUAGUCGAAACAAAAGGCUGCAACAAACACUUGAACUCCAGAAACUAAACACAGAAGCAGAUCGAAUAGACGCGACGAUAUCCGGUCAUGAAGCCAGGCUCAAAAUUAACGAUCUUGGGGACUCUGUGGACAGCGUUCACAGUUUGCUCGGGCGACAAGAGGAAAUUGAGAGUUUGCUCAGAGCUCUCGAACAGCAGAUCGAUAACUUUCAAAACCGAAGCCAAGAGCUCAUUGACAAACGCCACUUCGCAUCUAAACAGAUUCAGCAAAGAUCUCGAGCCAUUGAAGAACGAAACAGAAAGCUCAAAGAAAGCUGUAAACAAAGAAGACUGGAAUUAUUAGCCUCCAAAAAAUAUCAGGAGUUUUACCGAGACGCAGAGGAGCUGAUUCUUUGGAUGGAAGAGAAAUUCAAGAUUGCUGAAGAUGAGUCGUACAGAGAUCCUACAAACGUCCUGCGCAAACUCAAGAGACAUGAGGCAGCAGAGAAAGAGAUGCAAGCCAAUCAAGUUCGCCUGGACAGACUAAUUGAGGCAGGAGAAGAGAUGGUUGCUGAAGAUCACUACAACAGUCAGAGCAUCCAGAGGAAAUCUCGACAGGUGCGGGGCCGGUGGAGCGAGCUCCAGAGGAAGAUGACGGAAAGAGGAGAUAAGCUAAGACAAGCUGGCCAACAGGAGCAACUCAUGGAGCUGCUUCAGGACGCCAAAGUGAAAAUUGAUGAAAUUCAGUGGAUGCUGCAACAUGCAGCAAGAGGCCAUGACCUUCGCUCCAGCCGACAGCUCCUCAAGGAGCACAAGCAGCUGGAGCAGGAUGCUCAGGAGCUGGCGGACAAAAUCAACUCCAUCGUCGCCCGUGCCAAACACUUGGCUGUGAACCACUUUGAUUCACAGAGAAUCCUCCAUGAGACAGACACCUACCUGAAACUAUUUAAAUCUCUACAAAAGCCUUUAGAUCAUCGCAGAAGCCAGCUGGAAGCGGAUGUGUCUCUCUUCAGCUUUUACCAUGAUGUGGACCUGGAGCUUACUUGGAUCGCUGAACAUCAGCCUUUAGCAGAUACCAGUAACUAUGGCAAAUCCCUGGCUGGUGCCAUCAACCUUCUACAGAAGCACAAGGAGCUUCAAGCCGAGGUCAACGCCCACAGCCAGUAUCUUCAGCGUGUGUUGGAUAAAGGGCAGGCUAUGGUCAGGUCCAGCCAGUGGGAUGGGCGAAAGGUGCAGCAGAGGUGUGACCAUCUGCUUGCCGAGUGGGAGGAGCUAGAAGAUGCCUGUGAAAAACGCUCUGCCCAUCUCAAUAAAGCGGUUGUGCGAGAACAGAUCCUGCUUGAGUGCGCCGAGCUGGAGAACCGCCUGUCUGAAACAUCAGCCUUGGUCAGCGCUGACUACGGCAAGAAUGAAUUGGCCACACAAAGUCUUAUGAAACAGCAUCAGGCUGUGGAGGGUCAGAUUGAGGUGUUAGCCGCUGAGGUGGAUGAGCUGAAGUCCAGCGUGGACCAGGCUGUGCGUACCUGGGGCCUGGAGGAAGUAAAAAGAUCCUACAACCCAAUCAAAACUCAGCUUAGUAAACUACAGCGCUCAGCUAGCCUCAGAGACCAAAGACUCCAGGAGACCCUUCACUUGCAUGAAUUUAAGCGCGAGUCUUCAGAUCUGGAGGAGUGGAUAACUCAACAGCAGCUGAUUGCCUCCUCUGAAGACUAUGGGUCUGAUUAUGAGAAUGUACUGCAUUUACAGGCGAGGUUUGAGGUGUUCCUGAAGCAGCUAGACGUGGGCUUUGAGAAGAUGCACACGUGUGAAGAGCUGGCUCGCAGACUCAUCAAAAACAACCAUCCUGAGAGAAAAUUCAUCCAGGAGACACAGGGGAUACUUAGUGAAUCAUGGGAGGAGCUGCAACAUUUGUCCAAGGAGCGAAAAGAGAACCUGCACAAGUCUGGGAAAUGUCACAAGGUGUACAAAGACUUGACUGUUGCUCUGGGACACAUAGAGGAUCGGUACAAAAGCAUUCCUGAGGAUGUUGCCAAAGACAUUCAAGGUGUGGUGAUGCAGAUAAGAAAGCAUGAAGCUUUGGUGCAUGAGCUGGCUGGACAUGAGCAGCAGCUGCAGGAGCUUCUGGAUGCAGCAGACUCGAUUCUAGACCUGUGCUCCACAGAACUGAGGGUUAAGAUGCAGGAGCAGCAGCAGGAGGUGGUGGAGAGCUGGGAGAAACUGCGCAUGACCAUGGAGCAGAGGGAGGAGGAGCUCCGACUUGCCAAACAGCGCUACCUCUUUCUCAACACUGUACAGGACUAUUUUCUGUGGUGUUCUCAAGUCCUGAAUGGAAUGAAGGCGGAGGAAUCCAUUCGUGACGUGGCCACAUGUGACCUGCAGCUUUUCCAGCAUCAGCAGCUGUGGGCUGAGAUCGUGGCUCGCGAGGAAACUUAUGCCAAAGCUGUAGCUAUGGGUCAGCAGCUGCAGGAGAACAACAUUCCUAAUGCCAGUGAGGUUGAAGAAAAACUGAGAACUCUGCAGGCCGAAAGAGAAAAGCUGACAGAUAACUGGGAAUCAAAGCAGAAAUGGCUGGAAAACACCUACUUGGAGCAAGUGUUCUACAGAGACAUUGAAAACAUGGAGAAAAUCACCAACUCACAAGAGGUUCAGUUGAAAAACAGUGAUUUGGGAACGACGGUGGAUGAGACAGACACUCUAAUCAAACGUCAUGAAGCCUUUGAAAAACUUCUUGGAAGUCAGGAAGACAAGAUGACUGCUCUUCAGGAGACGGCCGAUAGUUUAAGGCAAGGUGGAGUCACACGAGAGAAAUCCAACCACAUUAAAAACAAACUCAAAGGUCUCAAAGAGAGGAGGGAGCGCAUUAAAGAUCUGUCAGAGAAACGCAGAGGGGAGCUCGAGAUCUCCAAGCUUCUUUGUAUUUUCAACCGGGAUGCCUCUGAGGCAGAGGAAUGGAUAUCAGAGCGCAUGCAGAAGCUGCAAGAGGAUUCUAAGGUGGACCUGAGCAACCUAAAGACCAAAAUGAAGCUUUUGCAAAAGCACCAGGUGUUUGAGGCCGAGAUUCUGGCUCAUGGCAAGAUCAUCGAAUCUGUUCAGCAGACAGGAGAUGAACUGGUCUCCCUUCGUCACCCCAGGUCUAAAGAAGUGCGACAGAGCGUCUCUGCUCUGAUCUCUCACUGGGAGGCUCUAAAACAAGCCGUCUCGGCCCGAGGGAAAGUUCUAGAGGACAACCGUGACUUUCUGGAGUUCCUACAGAAAGUGGAGCAGGUUGAAGUAUGGAUACGGCAGAAGGAGGUAAUGAUUAAUGUAGGAGAUCUUGGGGAGGAUUAUGAACACGGCCUGCAAAUAUUAAAGAAACUGAGUGAAUUUAGAAGCUCCAGCCUUGGAGAUGUGACUGUAGAUGACGCCCACAUCAAGACCAUCAACAGCCUGGCAGCUCGACUAGAGAGGCAGAACAUUGAUGAGCUGGUCACUGUGAAGAAGCGCAGGCAGCAGCUUAAUGAAAGAUGGAAUAAUUUCCAUGGAAAUUUGAGCAGCUAUAAAAAGAAACUACAGGGAGCACUGGAAGUUCACUCUUUGAUCCGUGACCUUGAGGAGGUCAGGGAGAGGGCGAAUGAAAAGAUGCUGUUGCUGCAGGGUCAGAGCUGUGGAGAGGAUGUGGAGAGCGUGGAGAACCUCAUACGCAGACAUGAGGAGAUGGAACGGGAGGUUCAAGUGAUCCAGGAGAGAGGCGCAGUCCUGGACAGAGCGACUAAAGAUCGACUGAGGACGCAUUCUGAGCUUUCUGACAAGCUCAGCAAGAAGCAGAGAGAAGUAAACACCACUUUAACAAAGCUGGAUAAAGAAGUAAAAUUAAGGAGGGAGCAUUUACAGGAGUCUCAUCAGCUCUGCCUGUUUAAGGCUAAUCAGCGGCUGCUGCUGGACUGGACUCUUAAACAGACUGCAGAAAUUGGGAAGAAGGGUUUGCCCAAGAGCAAGACUGAAGCAGAGACUUUUAUUGUGGAGCAUCAGGAUUGGAAGGCAGAGAUAGAUGCACGUGGCGAGCGAAUCGAUUCAGUGAAGAAAUUUGGACAGAAUCUAAUGAAGUCUGGUCAUAGCGAUGCAGCAGAAAUCAAAAAAGCCUUAAAUAAACUUGAAGAAGCUAAAGAUGGACUCCUUCAAGCUUGGGAGGAGAGAAAAGCAAAACUGGACCAGGCACUUGACCUUCAGAUAUUCCUUGGCUAUGUUGAACAAUGUGAGAGCUUAUUAAGCAACAUGGAAGCUUUGCUGGCCAAUGAAGAUCUUGGGAACUCUCUCUCUGAAGUGGAGGCUCUACAGAGAAAGCAUGCUCUGUUUGAGAACUCUGCAGAAGCUCAGCUAGAGCAGGUGGCAGAGGUGGAGAGAUAUGCUCAGCAGCUGAUUCGGAAAAAGCAUUAUGACUCAGAUAAUAUCAGCAAGAAGAGCAAAUCUGUUCAGCGCAGAAAGGAAAAAAUACUGGAGUUGAGCAAAGUGCGACAAAAAGCUUUGGAAGAAUCUUUUCAGCUACAGAAAUUCUUAGAAGGUUCCUAUGAGGUGUGUUCCUGGUUGAAUGAGAAGAAAUCAGUGGCUCAGGAUGAAAGCUGGAGAGAUCCAAUCAAUUUACAAGCCAAACUACUAAAGCACCAGAGCUUUGAGGCUGAGAUUCUGGCCAAUCGCAACAGCGUGGAGACCUUCACGAAGGAAGGUGAGAAGAUGCUAAAUGCAGGUCAUCCAGCCAAGAACAAAAUUAAAGCUAAAACAAAAGAAAUCAGCAGCGGCUGGGAGCAGCUUUUACUCAACUGCAAGGAGAAGAAAUUACGCUUACAGGAGGCAUAUCAGGCUUUGCAGUUCCAGCGCUCUCUGGAUGACGUUGAGGUGUGGCUGGACUCAGUGGAGGCUGAGGUGAGUAAAGAAGACUGUGGAGAGGACCUGGCCUCGGUCAGCAUGCUGCUGAAGGCUCUACAGGACUUGGAAGAAGUGGUGGAUGGUCAUCUGGAGAAGGUCCAAGGUCUUGUGGACACGGCCAAAGACUUCAGCUCUAAAGGCAACUUCCUGGCUGAGGAGAUCCAGCAGCGGGUUUGGCACACAGUCAACCGGUAUAAUGGUCUGGCUGAACCGCUUCAGUCUCGUAGAGAGACUCUAGAGUCAUGGCAGCUGCUGUACCAGUUCUACAGGGACAUAGAGGAUGAACUGGCAUGGAUUCAGGACAAGCUACAGGCCACAACUUCAAAAGACCUGGGUACAUCUCUACAGAGCACACAAGCUUUGGUCAAAAAGCACCAGGUGAAAAUGCAGGAAAUAGAAGGCCGUACUCCUCUGGUGCACGCAGUACUAGAUGCUGGACAGAACUUGGUGAGAGGGAGGCACUUUGCAUCACAGGAGAUCAAUGAGAAACUGGUUGAACUGAAGGACCUCUUCAACACAUUGAAGAAAGAGUCUGCGAAGAAGGGUCGGCUCCUUCAAGAAGCACUGGAAAUCCAGAGCUUCCUCUCAGAGGUUUCUGAGUUGGACCUGUGGAUGGAGGAGCUGAUUCCUGUUCUUGAGUCUAGAGACUAUGGUAAAAGUGAGGAGGCUACAGGAACUCUCCUCAGGAAACUGGAUACAGUAGAUCUAGAGCUGGAGAACCACCGAGGCAAAGUGGAGUCGUUACAGAAGAAUGGGACUGAACUACAGAACUCUGGCCAUCCUAAUAGCCACCUUGUGAGCAGCAGCGUCACAGACAUGGGAAAGCGUUUUGCGUUUCUGCAGCAGCUGUCAUCUGAACGCCGCUCCGCACUAGAGGACCUGUACAACCUCUUUGUGUUUGAGAGGGAAACCAGAGACCUACAGGGCUGGUUUCUGUCUCACAAGACCCUGGCAGAGUCUGAUGAUUGCGGACAAGAUCUGGAGGAUGUAGAGGCCCUGCAGAAGAAAUUUGAGGAUUUUGAAGGUGAGGUCAAGAGUUUGGGUCAAAACAAACUUGCUGCAGUCCAGAAGCUGAAACAGGAGGUUAAAUCCUCAGAAGCUCGUCAAAAAGAGAAGGCACUGCUGAAUUUGUGGGAGGACCUAAACACGGCUGUGAAAACACGAGCAGAGAAACUGCAAUCAGCUCGUGAAGUUCAUCAGUUUGACCAUGACUUGGAUGAGCUGAGGAGCUGGAUAAGUGAGAAGGAGGUGGUGCUGGACUCAGAGGAGCAGGAGCACGACCUGCUCAGUGUCCAGGCUCUUAUUCGACAACAUAAUGGCCUUGAGAGAGAUUUGGCUGUGAUAGAGGAAGACGUGCGACGGCGACAGGAAGAGGGCAGGGCUCUGGUCAGGCGGUAUCCCCAGGUCAGGGACAGUCUGUCGGAGAGGCUGCAGGACUUGGAGGAAAGCUGGAGCAGUCUUCUGGAGAAGGCCGGCCAGCGCAGACACAGGCUCCAGCAGGCUGAGUCUGUCCAGAGAUAUCUUACCAACUGGAGGGAGCUCAUGGCGUGGCUAAAAGAGUCAUUAUCUCUGGUGACUGGGGAAGGACUCCGAGGCGAGGCUAAAGACUUGACUCAGCUAAUCAAGAGGCACGAGGAGUAUCGUACUCAGAUUGACCGGCAACUGGACAAAUCGGAAAUGGUGAAAAAUGAAGGAAGGCGUCUCAUACAGGAGGGAAACUUUAUGAGUCAAGAGCUGGAGGAACGUCUCACAGAAAUCCAGGAGCUGGAGGCACUGGUGCUACAGGGCUGGGCUGAGAGGAGAGAUGUGUAUCAGGAGGAGCUGGAGCUGCAGCAGCUUCAGAGAGAGCUGGAGCAAGCUGAACACUGGUUGAACAACUAUGAGAGUGCGAUGACUGCAGAAGACUAUGGGGACUCGGUUUCAGAUGUUUUAGAGCUAAUGAAGAAACAGGAGGACCUGGAGGCCAUGAUUCAAGCUCAGAGUGAACGAUUUAACAUCUUACACGAGAGAAAAGCACAGAGAGAGCACAGGAUGCAAGAGGCCUAUGGAGGACAUAGUGGCUCCAGAAAACAGCCUGUUCGUGUGACGUCUCUUAAGAGAAAGCCAUCAGAUCGACCUGUUCCUGCUCCACGACCUUCUAUAACCAACCCUAUCCUGAGAAGGAACAGCAGUGGCCGGAGCAAUGGUUCACCAGUGACCUCCACUGUUUCCACAAAGUCAUCAAUACUGAGAAGAAGCAGCAGCGGCAAGAGUGACCGUUCUCCUGGGGUUCCUCGAGUAGCAUCUGCGUUAAGCAAGAGCAGCAGCACAAAUGAUACCACAACCUCAAAUAUUCAAUCUUUAAAAAGUCGCCCAGACGUCGCUAUUAAAGCUCUCAGACAAAACUCUGUAGAAAAAUCACUGACAGAUACAACAAGUGCUGAGAAUUCCCUGCCGUCCGUUACUGACGGUUCUUUGUACAGAUCCCAUCUUGUUCCCACCACAAAAUCCAACCAGAGCUCCAUGGUUGAAGAUGAUAUAGAUGCCUUAAGACCAAAAGACUUAGACUACAAAGAUUCCUCUCUUGACAUUUCCAAACCAACGAUCUCCAACAAUGAGGUCAGACCAACAAGCCCCCAAAAAGAGAUUGAGGAAAAACCUCCAACUUCAGCACCUCCUGAACCUCAUUCUGUAGUCACCCUUGAAAAACCUGAGGAUACCAGCGCUGCCUCCCCAUUCCCUGACCUUCCUCCAUCUCCACCACCAUCUCCACCAUCAUCUCCUCCCUCAUCUUCACCCACUCAAAGAAACGUAACCGAGAAAGCUGAGGACUUAACUGAGGAAACACCAACUGAUCCUCCAGUACCUCCAUCUCCUGUACAAAACAAGGUCAGAGAAGACCCAAUCAAAAUGGAGGGACCACUGGAGAUUAAACUAAAACAAGGAGGAAUUAAAGGUGUAGAGCAUUGGGAAGCUGUUUAUGCACUACUGGAGGAAAAAACACUGAAUCUGUUUGUGGAUCAGAAUGCUGCCACUGAGAACUGCACCCGAUGGCCACCUAUUACCAUUGAUGGAGCCAUUUGUAAAGAUAACCCGUACUACAGGAGAAAGAACCACACAUUCAAACUCAUUCUGAAUGAUGGUAGCCAAUACCUCUUCGCCGCCUCGUCCCAGGAAGAACUACAGAAGUGGUUGGAGGCACUACAAAGUUGUACCAAUCAGAAAAGCUCAUCAGAGAAUGCCAGAAUGAGAACAGAAGAAAAGGAAGAGGCAGUAGAGCCGCUGGUUUUAAAAUCAGCAGACACACCUGAGACACAAGCCUUCACAACAGAUCCAGUACUGAAAAAGGAUUCUACAGAGAAUUCUGACACAGAAACAGGACCGCCUCCCAAACCUCCACACACUUACUACAAUAUACAUCGCUAUCCAGAUGGAGGAGAGAACAGCGACUCACGGUCUUUAGGAAGUCUUCAGAGGAAUUUACCUCCCUCUUUCCCUCCAGAUCAGCCCCCACCGAUCCAACAAAGUGAGAGUGGAAACAAGGAGAAGGCCAAAAAUAAAAAUGUCUUCAAGAAACUGUUCAAAAAAUGAAAUUCAACAGUCAUGCAUCAAACAUUUUUACAUUUUUCAUUCUGAAAUUCAAAUGUUAUAAUUAAAUCAGUGUUUACAGUUUAAAAUCACUAUUCUGAAUCUCUUAUAUUUAAUCACAUCACAGUUGUUGCAUUAAUAAAAACUACACGUUUAAAUGCUUAUUUGCUUUGUACACUAAUUAAAAUGUAUUUUCACAAUAAAAUGUUUCUGACAAAGUA